UAAAUGGCGGACGAAGAAGAUCCUUGGGGGUUCGAUGAUGGUGAAGAUGCUGAACCUGCAAGUCAACCUGCUGCUGCUAUUGAAGUUAUACCAUCAAAGCCUGAAAGUGUAAUCUCUGAACAUAAAUCGGAAAUAUCCCAGCAAAUGGAGCUUGGGUUGAAACAAGAAAAUGUAGUACAGACCGAUCUUGAUGUUAAGGCACCUCCACCUCCACCAGAAGUUGAUGGCUACAGGAAACCAGUUCAACUAUAUCGACAUUGGGUCAGACCCAAAUUUCUUCAGUACAAAUAUAUGUACAAUUAUAGAACUAAUUAUUACGACGAUGUAAUAGAUUAUUUGGAUAAAAAACAGGUUGGUGAAGCUCAGACAUGUGCAGAAAGGGUUCUCCGGACACGCAACAUUAAGUGA